AUGUUCAAUCUGAAUAACACCCAGUUCCACCCUAAUUCAUUCCUCCUGCUUGGAAUCCCAGGACUAGAAGAGGUACAUAUCUGGAUUGGUUUUCCCUUCUGUGUUGUGUAUCUGACUGCCCUUUUAGGGAAUAUCACCAUCUUGUUUGUAAUACAGAGUGAUAAAAGUCUUCACCAUCCUAUGUUCUAUUUCCUGGCCAUUCUAUCCUCUAUUGACUUGGGUCUAUCCACAUCCACCAUCCCUAAGAUGCUGGGUAUCUUCUGGUGUAGCCUGAGAGAGAUUAGCUUUAUUGGCUGUGUCACUCAGAUGUUCUUUAUCCAUCUAUUUACUGGCAUGGAGUCAGCUGUACUUCUGGCAAUGGCCUAUGACCGCUAUGUUGCUAUUUGCAAUCCUCUCCGCUAUACACUGGUGCUCACCAAUAAAGUGGUGUCCAUCAUCGCAAUAGCCAUAGCUUUAAGACCAUUAUCGGUGGCUAUUCCAUUUGUUCUACUGAUUCUGAGGUUGCCCUUCUGUGGACACCACAUCAUCCCUCAUACAUACUGUGAGCACAUGGGUAUUGCCCGCCUUGCCUGUGCCAGCAUCAAAAUCAACAUCAUCUAUGGGCUGGGUGCUAUUUCCAUCCUUGUCUUUGACAUUGUGGCAAUUGUGGUCUCUUAUGUUUAUAUCCUCAGAGCUGUUUUCCACCUACCUUCUAGGGAUGCCCGACUCAAGGCCCUCAGUACCUGUGGUUCUCAUGUCUGUGUCAUGUUAGCCUUUUACACACCAGCAUUUUUCUCUUUCAUGACCCAUCGAUUUGGUCGCAACGUCCCCCGCUAUAUUCACAUCCUUUUGGCCAAUCUCUAUGUGGUUGUCCCACCUGCCCUUAACCCUGUUAUCUAUGGAGUUAGAACCAAACAGAUCAGAGAGAAAGUACUAAAGACAUUCUCCCCCAAAUAA